AUGGCCUGCGAAAAGCCUAAAGCAUGCGUCUUCUGGGAUGGGGUGGAUUUCCCGUUCCGUCAAGAUCCUGAUUUGAUUUCUCAGAAUAUGAAGCAUUCUCUUGAAAAGUUGGUUCUUUUUGGUGAUUUUUCAUUCAAGGCUUUUGUUGAUGAGGAUAUGGUCACAGAUGAGUUGCUCCGUGUCUAUAAGGAAGCCGGAAUCACCAUCAUUCCUGUUCCAGGGGAUAAAUAUGCUCGAGCUCACUAUAUGAUAACCCACAUUCUUUUGUGGACAGUGGAGAAUCCUUACAAUUAUCCCUAUAGGUCAAGUUUGUGUGUCAUGUCGUCUAAGCUCAUUGAAAACAAAUCACUGUUCCGCCACAUCCUUUUAAAAGUGGAACGUUUGGACUACAAUGUUAUCGUAGCACUGGAGCCUCCUCCGGGUCAUCUCCCAUCAACUGAGCUACGUUUUGUAACCUUGGCAUCCUUUUCGAAAAGCCUGUUAGAUGGAGUAGAGCCUUGUAAUGACCAAAGCCGAACAUCACAAGAUCCUCAAGACCUUGUGAGGUUCCCUCCUUUGUGCGCUUCUGCUUAUGGUCAAGACGACCUCGAGGAUCUCCCCUUGCCUGAAGGCGGAGAUACUGAUUUGAUGUCUCACCGUACCAAGUCUUUUCUGGGACCUCAAAGGUUUCCGGAAGGUCACUUGCCAAUCAAGGCUUAUAUUCAUAACGAAAACUUCUCACCAGAGUCCUUCCAUGUCUAUAAGGAUGCAGGAAUGACAAUCCUUAUAGACAUUUCAACUAGGCUACCUAUUGUAAACGGGAAUGUGCUUUUGCAUCACUUAUUCAUCGAAAGUGUUGUCCCCGGGUGUAUUCCUCCAUACCCUGUACAUAUGCCCAAGGAGACUUUUCCUAACAGAGUUCCUUCUCUGUUUCCAAAAGAUAUUAGCACACGUGAUAUAAUCAUCUUGUGGAAUGUCGAGGGUUGUCCAACCGCUAAGGAUAGAACACUUGGUUUGACUAUCCACGAGGCUAUUCGUCCCAAGGGUUAUCGGGGUUAUAUGUCAAUCAUGCCUUAUGUGGACAGUGAAAAUGAAAGGGCUAAUGUACCCUGGUCUGAUGAUAACAUGAUUAAAAUCACCGUGGUAACCAAAGGAGAGAAUGAAUAUGCUAAAGUCACUAGGAUGAUGUUGGACAUGCUCUUCUGGGCAAUGAACAAUGAUGAACCAACACAUUUCAUCCUAAUCUCAAAGCCUUCAAAAUACAUGACCAAUUGGGACAAUGUUGUUCGAGUUUUGCAAGCUAGAGGCUCCGAUGUUAUCUUGGCACCGUCUGAUGACAUUGAACUACCUCUAUCCACUGUCAACCUGAAGUUGCUUUGCAAACACCCUGUAGCAGAAAAACUUCCUUUAUCGGUUGAAUUAUCUGGAGGAGUGGAAUUUGGAGCUGCGGAUCACGUAGGUGUCUUCUGGGUGGUCGAGAACGAGAACUUCCCACCGGAUCCUAUGAAGUUGAUGGAUGUCCCUAAGAAACCCGGAAUGAGAAUCGCCUUCAUACCUGAAAGGAACAAAUAUGAAAAAGCUACUAGAAUAUUAGCGGACAUGCUUGUCUUUGCGAGGAAGAAUGCUCAUCAAGGAUCAAGUUUGAUUGUAAUAUCGGAACCGUUCCAAGACGCCAUGUUCGACUUUGUUGCUCAGUCUUUGAGAGGCAUAGGUUACAAUGUUGUAUCAACCGACUUGGAUUACAUGGUCACCUUCGGAACUGCUGAAUGGUCAUCUAGAAGCAGGGUAUUUGGAAGUGGAUACUGUCAAUGUGAGAGGUGCUUAAUUGCUAUAAGAAUGGCUCCUGCUGUUAAAUGCCAACAUGGUUCGCUAGUCACUCCUUGUUAUAGGGUUUAG